GCAGCGAUGUUCCGCGGCGGCCGGCUGGCCCUGCGGCAGUCCGGGAGGCGGCCGGGCGGCUUCCUCCGUCCUCGCCCUCGCCGGCGACGCUGGGCAGGUCUGAUCAAGCAUUAAAGGAGCAUCACUGACCUGAUAAACGGAUUUUGUUCACCCAAAGGAUGUCUGCAACUGAUUUGGAAAAGUUAGCAGAAAUAGAACUGCAGAAAGAUGAAGCUGAAAAUGCAGGUGCAGAAGAAAUCAGGAGCUUCUCUGCAGCGCAAUCAGACCGAGAAGUUGGAGUAAGCAUGACUCACCCCUACUAUGACGUAGCUCGACAUGGCAUUGUUCACUUUGCAGGUGACGACUAUUUGGGGAGAAAAGUGGUUGCCUUCAGUUCCUGCCGCCUGCCUCCUUCUCACCAGAUCAACCACCACCAGUUAUUAGAAUAUUUGAAGUACACGCUGGAACAGCACGUGGAAAGUGAUUACACACUUGUCUACUUUCACUAUGGACUGAACAGUCGAAACAAGCCAUCCCUGAGCUGGUUGCAAAGUGCCUACCAAGAAUUUGAGCAGAAAUAUAAGAAAAAUCUGAAAGCACUCUACAUUGUGCAUCCCACCAACUUCAUCAGGAUAAUUUGGAAUGUUUUCAAACCUCUGAUCAGUCACAAGUUUGGAAAAAAGGUGAUCUAUGUGAAUCGCUUAAGUGACUUGAGAGACCACCUGAAAUACGAGCACUUGAGCAUCCCUGAAGAAGUUGUUUGGCAUGAUGAAAAUCUCCGGAUGAAACAGAAGAGCAAACCCCCUCCUCCAGCAAAACGUCCCCCACCACGCCCUCCUCUUCCGUCGCAGCAGUUCGGAGUCAGCCUCCAGUACCUCAGAGCUAAAAACAAAGGCGAAUUAAUCCCACCUGUAAUGAAUCACACCGUGGCUUACUUGAAAAAAAGAGGACUUAAAACGGAAGGGCUGUUUCGAAGAUCAGCUGGCAUCCAAACUAUUCAACAGAUUCAGAAACUUUAUAAUCAAGGAAAAACUGUUGAUUUUGAGGAAUAUGGAGAUAUUCACAUCCCUGCAGUAAUCCUGAAGGCUUUGCUCCGAGAACUUCCUGAGCCUUUACUGACCUUCCAGAUGUAUGAUCAGAUCAUUCAAAUCACUAGCGUGGAAAGUAGCUUGCGAGUGACCAGAUGCAAAGAAAUUGUGCAUGGACUUCCUGAGCAAAAUUAUGCUGUGCUGAAAUUUCUGAUGUGUUUUCUCCAUAUGGUGUCUCGGGAAACAAUUUUCAACAAAAUGACCGGUUCUAAUCUCGCUUGUGUCUUUGGUCUGAAUUUAAUCUGGUCACCCAACAGCGCUCCGUCUUUCCGCACACUGGUGCCUAUAAAUCUUUUUGUUGAGCUGUUGAUCGAUUUCUAUCCCAUAAUCUUCAGUUCGAGAACGGUGCCUGGUGAACGGCUGCCUUGAAAAUCAAAAGAAGGGGGUGGUGUAAGGACCCCCC